AUGGUUCUUGGAAGAAGAAACGUUCUACAACUUUUGAAUAUCUUUAAUUUUGCUAAGUCAAAACGUAAAGUUCCUCCAAAUUUACUGGUCGAAUGCUUGGAAGAAAUUCUUGCGCACUUGGUACAAGACAGAUCAUCCCUUUAUUCUUGCCUUUUCGUUAAUCGUCUCUUUUGUCGUCUCACUAUUCCGAUACUAUGGCAAAACCCUUUCGAAUAUCAAAACAAAUCUGGUUCUCGUCUUAUUCGCACCUAUGUAUCUUGUCUUGAUGAUAAUCAGAAAAAACUUUUAUUAGAUAAUGGUUUAAAAGUCCCUGAUUUACCAAAACCUUUUUUUGAUUACCCAAAAUAUAUGCAAGGCUUCGAUUUUUUUCAUUUUUCUGAAGCUGUUGAGAAAUGGGUCGAAGGAAAUUAUUGGUCGAUGCCUCCUUUUCUUAUUAGAAAUAUGAAAUUCAUUGAACAACUUAUUGGUAAUAUGCUCUUUAGUCGUUCUAUUGGAUUACAAUCUUUCAGAUAUUACCGUGGAUUUAGAAAUAUAAUUGAUUAUCAAUAUUUUACUGAUAUUAAAUUAUAUACUGGAUUUACUCAUUCUUUAUCAAAACUUCAAACUUUUGAAUUUCAGGCUUUUAGUUACCGCGACAUUAACUCUUUUACCGCUUGGUCUGAUUUAUUUGAAAAUAUUUCAAUUUCAACUAAGACAAUUGAACAUUUAUCCCUUUUUAUCCCACAUAAGGCUCAUAAUAACAAGCAACUUUGUCAAUCAUUAUCCAAGUUGAUUCUAUCUCAAUCAAAUUUAAAAAGUUUAGUAAUUGAUGAAUUAACAGCCUCAUUCAUUUAUGAUGCGCUCGCUAAUCAAGCUCGACAUUUAACGUUUUUAAGGGUUACUUGGCUAAGUAAAUUUGAUCUUUUAUACCAAUUAUUACCAAUUUGCACGAACUUAGAAGCUCUGGAAUUUUCUCAAGUUUCACAACCGGAUCAUGGAAACAAUAUUUCACAGUUUCCAAUCACCCAAAUUAAUUUAAGAAAUCUUUAUUGUGUCGAUGAAAACCCUUCUCAAUCUAUCGUUAAUACAAUUCUAAAAAUGUCUAAUAAAAAUUUAAGUUCACUUUUGCUCAAAAAUGUCAACACAGAGGCUCUCAACACUUUAGAGCUAUAUUGUCCAAAAAUUACUCAUCUUUGUUUGAAAAUUACUGCAAAACAGUUACCAAAUUUUAUUCAAUUACUUUCGGGGCUCGUACUUGAACAUUUAGCUUUAGAAAAUUUACCUGAAGAACCUCGAUAUACAACUGAAGAUAUAAAACUAUUAGCACAAACAAUUCCUCUUUCUUUACGAUACUUUGGGAUAAAAUUUCACAUUUCUCUAACGGAUUUCAAAUACUUUUGUAAAGAAUGUGGUGCAUCACUUGACGCGAUUGC